AAUUACCGUUUAAAAAUUCAUUGAUACGCGCCUAAGAAACGUGUCAAUUUCAAAUAACAAACGAAUAAAAAUCAUGCGGUAGAAAUGAUCGUAAUCAACGCGCGAGCGAGCGAGUGCUGUGUGCUGUGUGCUGUGUGCUGUGUGCUGUGUGCUGUGUGCGGUACGCGGUACGCGGUACGCGCGUCCGUGUGUGCGUGCUGUUCUCGAUUAUACACACAGAAAAUGGGAACAGUUCUCUGAUUGUGAUUUGACCAAGAACCUUCUCGUGUUUUGGUUGGAAGGUACAAUGCACGGUAUUUAAGGCAAAAUGGAGAGCUGAUAUGAUAUGAUCAUGGCGGAAUCCACGAACAAGACGGAGGAUGAUGAAGUUAAAUGUAAGGUUUUAAUUAUCGGAGCCGGAAUGGCCGGACUGUCGGCGGCAAAUCAUUUGUUGAAGAACCACGAAACCGAUUUCUUGAUCGUGGAGGCACGAGGUCGUAUAGGUGGUCGUAUCGUAGCAUUAAAAAUCGGCAAUGAGAAAGUUGAGUUAGGAGCAAAUUGGAUCCACGGAGUUUUAGGGAAUCCUAUGUUCGAAUUGGCAAUGGCGAAUGGACUAAUAGAUAUCGUACGUGUACCGAGGCCUCAUAAAGUUGUAGCAGCUACGGAAGAUGGGAAGCAAUUGUCGUUUCCAGUCCUGCAAGAAAUCUAUGAAGCUUAUAUAUGUUUUUUAAGACGAUGCGAAGAGUAUUUUCUAAGCCCUUAUAGCCCUCCGGAUGGAAUAAACAGUGUCGGCGCGCAUGUGGCAUUAGAGGCUGAGAUUUAUUUAUCCUCUCUGCCCGAAGAGGAGAGAAGAAUUAGACAAUUAUUGUUCGAUUGUUUACUUAAAAGGGAAACUUGUAUUACUGGCUGUGAUAGUAUGGAAGACGUCGAUCUCUUGGAAAUGGGUUCUUACGCAGAGUUACAAGGUGGAAACAUUAGUCUUCCGGAUGGGUACAGUGCUAUUUUGGAACCGGUUGCUAAACAUAUACCAAAGAACAGCAUUCUCGUCAGACACGUUGUAACGAAAAUUAGGUGGCACAAGAAGAAGUGCGUCGAAGAGGAGAAUUCCGAGAGCUGUUUAAAUUCGAAUGGUUUGAUAGAAGUGCAGUGCGAGAAUGGGAAGAGAAUAUUAACGGAACAUGUGAUUUGUACAUUGCCAUUAGGAGUUCUUAAGGAAAAAGCUAACGAUAUAUUCGAACCACCUUUACCUAAUUAUAAGCUUGAAGCCAUAAAUAGAUUACUGUUUGGUACCGUAGACAAGAUAUUUUUGGAAUACGAGCGACCUUUUUUAAACCCCGGUAUAUCGGAAGUGAUGCUUCUCUGGGACGAUAGACGAUUAUUGGAAGAGGACAAGCAGGACAUCGGCAAAACGUGGUUCCGGAAGAUCUAUUCUUUCACCAAGAUCUCGGAAACGUUGUUGCUAGGAUGGAUAUCGGGGAAAGCGGCGGAAUACAUGGAAAAAUUGAGCGCAACGGAGGUAGCGGAUGCGUGCACGUCGAUACUGAGGAAAUUUCUGAACGACCCGUACGUGCCGGCGCCAAAGAAUUGCAUCCACACCUCCUGGCACGCGCAACCGUACACGCGCGGCUCGUACACCGCGAUGGCCAUUGGCGCGAGUCAGUCGGACAUUAAUCGUUUAGCCGAGCCUAUCAAGCAACAGGACGACCCGUCGAAGAUCGUCGUAGCGUUUGCCGGCGAGCACACGCAUUCUUCCUUUUACAGUACAGUGCACGGCGCCUAUUUAACCGGCCGAACCGCUGCUCAAGCACUCCUGGAAUCGAGCAAGAACGAUAAGAACUCGCUGAGCCUCAGCUGCGAAGACACGAACGACCUCAGCUCGUGGAUACAAGGGAUCUCGCUGAAUUAAUACCAGAGAAGGACAGAAACUCUACACACCUAUCGAGCACAAUUUACUACUGACGGUUACGAACAAUAUUUUCCACACUGUCGCGAGGCGAUAAUUGUGAUUUCUCUAGGUAUUUAGUAUUAAACGCGAAAUUCCUAAACUCUGUUUAUUUUGUAAAUAUCAUAGCGAAUAUUCUUUCCGUUAUGUACAUAAGAACAACGCCUGUCUAAGACUCUUCUUCUUUUUCUUCUUUUUCUUCUUUUUCUUCUUUUUCUUUUUUUCUUUCACGAAAGAAGAUACAGAAUGUUACUACUACUCGUAUGUUGUGUUUCUGGUGAGUAAUCCUGUUAACGAAAUCAAAUCGAAUGAAAUGAAAUGCAGAAAGUGCUUUUUAUUUUAGAGAAAUUCAUUGUCGUUUGCAAGAAAUUGAUUACGAUGGUCUUACGAUAUAUAUUAUUAUUGUAUCAGUCGAGGCUUUACUCGGCGAGAAUAGAAACGAGAUGGGAAUGAAAGAGAAAUAUUUCUGUACAAACUGAAAGGCAUCGGUUAUCGUUACACGCGCGUUGUAGCAGAAACUUUCCAAACAUUUGCAACAGAUCCCAAGUGACAGGAGUUUUUAUUCUAACGAGAGAUUAGCAUUCCUUCGAUUCUGCAUUUUCUUUCGAAACAUGUUUACACGUGCAAGUAUUAGGAGAAACGUGCGAUUCGUCUAGUCAUAUUGCCUCGAGCGAUUUAGUUUUAAAUAAUUCUUACAUCUGCGAUUCUUUGUUUAAUUUUAACCCAAUAACCGACCCACACUGUGCUAAUCGAUGUAGCACGUGUUGUUUUGUAAUUAAACGAACAGAAUAGAAAGCCUUGAAACGGUGAAUUUCCGUUGAAUAUGUGAUAGAAACAUUUGCAGCAAUUAUUACUUUGCUAUGUACAUUUGAUACUUUCAGAAAGUAAGUUUUUCUUUUUCUAAUAAUGAAAUACCAACUGUAUAUGUAUUUAUUUUUCUCUAACUGCCACUUAAUCUUAAUUCAUGAUAGCGCAAAUUGAGGGAUAAUUGAUGAAACAAAAAGAAAUGUUAUAUUAUGCACAGAUAGUACUAUAACUAAAAUAAAUAAUUUUCAGUAAUUACCUUAAAUAAUUCUUUGACGUUUUACACGAACCUGUACACAGCGGAACAUCCCACUCGGAAGAGAAUAUUAUUUUAAUAUUUUAAUCUUGUGUUCAAAUCAAAUCGUCUAUGUAGAGAUUCAGUUUUAUUUCGAGAUAAGCAAUAUUUUUAUCGUUACAUCAGUUUGUACAUUUAUUGUACAAAUAAAUAUUAUACAGCAUAUCGUUAAGCAACU